CAGCCGCUUCAGCACCUUCAAAACAAAUUAAAAUGCUCAAAUCCAGUCAAAGUGCCAGUCAGGCUUGGCAGCUGCCGGUGCUGCUCGUAUUGGCCGCGCUGAGCCUCUGUCUGGCCUGUCGCGUCUCGGAGUUCUCCUGCAAGGGCAGCGGCAACAGCGGCAACAUCUGCGUGCCGCUGGACAAAUACUGCGAUGGACGCAGCGAUUGUGCGGAUGGCAGUGACGAGCCGAAGCACUGUUCCGUCUGCAAUCGGACAUACUAUGGUGAUAUUGGACGCACCUAUGCCAUAAAAGUGCCAACGCCACAGUGGAAUAAAUUGCCGUUCCUGUGUCACUUGACAUUCACCGCGUCCGGCCAUGAUCAAGGCGACAUAGUCCAGAUCAUAUUUGAUGGCUUUACGGUGGGCCGCUUCGAUGAGGGCAUGGUCGAUACGGAUGUGGAUGGUUAUGAAACGAAUCUGAGCCCGACCGGCGAGCUGCCCGGCUGUCCCGAGGGCUUCAUGCAGCUCAGCGAACUGGGGCGUCCAUUCACGGGCGGCUCCUGGUGCGGCAAGGCCACCGGGCCGCAAUUAUAUUUCAGCGAAACAUCCACGGUGACAGCAUCAGUAAAGGUAUUUCAUCCGCCACGCAAUUUACGAGAUGAGAAACCCUUUGAGUUCAGCAUCAGAUAUAAAUUUAUAAGCCAAUCCGAUGCAGUUGUCAGGUAUGGACUGCCCGAUAAGCCAUUGGAAUUGGGACGUGUCACACCCGGCACCUAUUGUACGAGGCAAUUCGAUGAAUGCUAUCGUAACAAGUGUCGCCUGCAAAGUCCAAAUUAUCCUGGUAUGUAUCCAAGGAAUGUUACCUGCUAUUGGACAAUACGCCAGAAAGAAGUGCCAACCAGCAAGCAUGCCAUGAUUGCCGUCAGCCAAGAGAAUCAGCACAAAGCCCUAGUCAAGCGCUCCAUUGCCAGCUUUAAUAAGACCUCGCGCUCCAUACGCGCCUGGUCGGACUGUACGGGCGAGCGCGAUCAUCUGAUAUUCUACGAUGGCAGCUCCACUAACGAUCCGGUUCUGGCCAAAUAUUGCGGCGGCGAUUGGUUGCCGCGUGUCGUGUCACGUGGCCCCGAAAUGCUGGUCGCCUUUCACUCCAGCCCCUUCUCGGCGCCCCUGCAACAGGGCAUACCCAAUCGUGGCUUCGAACUGGAUGUGGAUAUACUGUUCACCGAUUCGGAUUCAUUUGACUUUGCCCAGGGCACAAAAAAUCUUUGUGAAUUUCAUAUAAAUGCAUCGAAUCCGGAUGAUGUUCUAUUCUCACGUCGCGGCCGCAUGGGACGCAUUGUGAGUCCGCGUCACACGCUUCCGCCGAACACAACGUGCACGUACCACUUUCACGGAUAUCCUGGUGACCUGAUUUGGUUAUCGUUCACCAGCUACAAUCUGCAGAUACUGCAGCAGGCGAUACACGACAACAAUACGCUGGGACGGAGCGAUCUGCCGCCUUGGAUAACACGUUUGCGUAUGUGGGACAGCUAUGGCACCUAUUUGCCCAUCAAAUCGACGAGUGUGACCACAGGACAGCCGCCCCCACCCCCGCCGGUGGCAUCCUCGGCAGAUGGUGGCAAGCCAACGCUGUUGAAUCAAAGCAACUAUGGCAGCUAUUACUACAGCGCCAGCAAUCCGAAGCUGAAUCGCAAUUUGCGGGUCAACAUUGACAAUGCCUGGAAUCCGGUCGACACAUACAUCUAUGGGCCCACACAGGCGAGUGUGUUUAAUCAGGAGAACAAGUACAGCGGCUAUCAGGGUGGUGCCGGAGGUGGUGGUGGUGGUGCGGCCAGUGGUGCUGGCAAGCAGCUCGGCGGCAUUAAAGACAGCCUCAAUUAUAUAUCGACGGGCAAAUCAAAUCGCGACGGCAGCGGCGCCUCGGCUGCAGCUGUGCUCAGCUCUGAUAAGAACAGUCAGAGCGCCGUUUCGCUGAUGAGCACCAAGGGCAAACGACGCCUCAUGCUGGAGAUCUACGACUACGAGACGCCCAAGCUCUGCGAUCACACGGCCAUCGGCAGCGGCGUCAGCGGCAGCAGCGCCCUAAUGGGCGGCAACAAGCAGCGGCCCUGCAGUCCACUGGAGAGCUAUGUGAGCACUGGCAGAGAUUUGAAACUGGAGUUCCACACGCACACGGGCACCGCCCUGUUUCCCGCUCAAUUUGCACUGAACUACGAGUUUGUGGACACGGAACAGGGCGGCGAGACGUGGCCAGGGCGACGUGGCGAGGAUCCGGUGCCGCCGCUCUGCUCACGUGUCUUCCGCAAGCGCAAGGGCAACAUUCAGGUGCCGCGCAACGUGUUCCUCUAUGGCCGGGGCGGGGCGAAGAACAUCAGCUGCCUGUACCGGUUCGAGGCGGGGCCGUCGGAGCGCGUCAAGCUGGUGCUGCACAAUGUCUCAUUUGGCGAGGGCACCGCCUGCACUACCGACUCGGAUCUGCAUACGGGCCGGCCGCGCUGCAAUCAACUGGAUCCCGAGGGCCGCAUCACCGAGCUGCGGCUGUACGAUGUGCCCUUCCGAGAUGUGAAAAUCCAGCUGGGCUGCUUCUGCGACAACUCCAGCGCCCUCUACAGCAACGCACCGUUGACCUUUGUCUCGCACUCGCGCAUCAUGGAGCUGACCUUCACGGUGACGCGCCUCAACAUCUCCGAAGACUUUGCCGACGUCUUCUUCUCGGCCUCGUAUGAGUUCAAGCGCCAGCCGGAUUGCCGCAAGCAGCUGAAACUGAAAGGCGCCGGCGGCGAGGACGAACUCAAGUAUCCGCUGAAGACCCAGGACGCCAGCUGCGAGGGCCUCGCCUGGUACAUCGAGGCGCAGUCGUCGGAGCGUUCCCUCUUCGUUCAGACCUGGGGCGCCUAUCUGCCCGUCGAUCCCACCUCCGAGGAUGCCAUGCGCUGUCAUACCAAGAACCGGCUGAUGGUCUACUCGGGCCGCCCCCUGAAGCCCAUGCGCGUCGUCUGCCCCGCCCAGAGCGGCCCCCGGCCGACGUCCCUGCACAUAUUCUCCGAGGACUGGACCAAUGGCCAGCCAUUAUUUAUGAACAAACCCAUCAGCCUGGUGCUGGAGCCCAUCCUCAAGGAGCCCGGUGACAUAGCCUUCACAUGGCUGGAGAUACAUCGCACCAAGAAUGCGUUGCUGCAGCAACUGGACCUGCAUGUGAAUGCAAGCGUAACCACGGGCUUGGCCACACCACCCAGCAGCAGUAGUGGUGGUGGUGCUGGUGGUGGUGCCGUUGUGGGCACUGGCAGCGCUGGCGUUGCUGGCGCUGGAAGCGUUGCGACUAGCGCAGCAGCCAAUGAAACGCUGAACGAAUUUGGUUUCUAUCCCAAGGAGUCGGAUUGCGAGUACAAAUGCCCCGAAAUUGAUGCAUGCAUAGCAGCCAGCCUGUGGUGCGAUGGUCAUCACAACUGUCCCAGCGGGUUCGAUGAGUCCGAGGAGGAGUGCGGCACGGCGCGCAAGCUGCUGGAGCUGCCCGGCGGCGUGUUUGCGGCAUUGGGUUGCAUUGCCGCCGCGCUGACUGCCUGCCUGAUAUUCUGCAUGUUUGGGCUGAUGCGCAAGCGAAAAAAGUCGGUGGUGCAGAAGGGCGGCGGUGUGGGCGGCGUCGGUGGCGUCGGCGUCGGCGGCGUUGGCUUCAUGAACGGCGCCAAUGGCAAUGGCAACGCAAUGCCAGCCGCCUGCAACAUUGGCACUCUGAAGAAGGACUUCAAGAAGGAGGCGCUCUACAUUGAUCCGGCGUCCUGACAUCCACUCCAGCCGGUCGAGUACAUACACGUGGAUCGGGAGACCACCGUGUGAUAUGUUGCCGCCGGCUAUGGCAUGUAUGAGCAAAUGGAGCGAGGCCUCAAUAUUGCCUGACCAGAGCAGAAACUGGAGCAGGAGCAGGAGCAGACACAGCAGCAGCAGGAGCAGCAGCAGCAAAAAUACUUGGAACUGGAUAUUGAGCGAGAGCAGAUGCAACGGGAGAUUAUUGCUGGACCAGUGCAGGAGCUGGCAUGGAGAUUUUAAAGCUAAGAGUGAGUGCAAAAUGGGAUUUAAGAAUUGAGCCAAACAGGGAGAAAGAGAACUAAGAAAAAUGCUAAAUUGUAAGUUCUUAACUUUUCUAAGCGCUUCAAACAAAUAGAAAGAAAACAAA